GCUCCUGGCGGGCCGAGCCGGCUCCGCAGGGGGGCGGUGAGGGCGAGCCCGCAGGCCGCCAGGCCCUCCGAGGGAGGCGGCGGGAGGGAGGCGAGCGGCCCGCAGCCCCGGUCCAGAAGCACUAGGGUACUUGAUUUUGUUUUAUUUGCUAAGCCACAAAGCCUGCAAACAUGUCACUGGAAGACAUCCAUAUGAACUCCCAGGAUUUACUUGAAAAAAAACACUUAGAUGCUGGAGGAUUUGGAACAAUUUCUUUAUGCUUUCACAAGAAGCAUGGAUAUGUAGUAUUAAAAAAAGUGUAUACGGGACCCCAGCGCACUGAAUACAAUGCUUCCCUCCUUGAAGAAGGAAAGAUUAUGCACAGGCUGCAGCACAACCGUGUGGUAAAACUACUAGGUAUACUUUUGGAAGACGGAAACUACUCGCUUGUGAUGGAGUAUGUGGACCGGGGAAACAUGAUGAAAGUGCUGCAGAAAAUCUCACUGCCUUUGUCAGUGAAAGGGCGUUUUGUGCUGGAGAUCACAGAAGGAAUGCUUUAUCUGCAUGAGCAAGGCUUUGUACACAAAGACCUAAAACCAGAAAAUAUCCUUGUGGACGCAGACUUCCACAUUAAGAUUGCAGAUCUCGGUGUUGCCUCCUUUAAGAACUGGAGUCGGCUGACCCAAGAAGAGACUGUCCGACAAAAGCAACUCAAGAACACUCACCAGAACAAUGCUGGGACUCUUUUCUAUAUGGCCCCAGAGCAUUUACGCUCUGUUAAUGUAAAACCUGUGGAGAAGUCAGAUGUUUACAGCUUUGGCAUAGUGAUCUGGGCAAUUUUUGCUAGCAAAGAGCCAUAUGAACAUGGUAUAAAUGAAGCCCAGAUUUGCUUUGGCAUCAUUAAUGGAAACAGACCAGACAUAAAGGAGAUCACUAACAAAUGUCCGGUGGAAAUUAUUGACUUAAUGAAACAAUGCUGGGAGCAAGAUCCAGAGAAACGGCCAACCUUUGCAGAAGUUAGCCAAAGAUACAAGCCAUUUUACUAUCAAAAUCUAGGAAAAGAUAUUGAAGAUGAUCUGAAAAAGUUAAAAAAAAUGUGGCCCGAGUCAAAUGAACUGCUGAAUAGGAUGCAAUCCCUUCAAAUAGAUGCUGUAGCAGAAGAUACCAGUAAUGGUCAAGUAGAUCCGCCUAAUUCUCUACACAGCUCCCAAGGUCCCGUGACCAAUCAGAUUAACGAAGGCCUGUUUGCUGCCUCUCCUGAAAACCAGCCUGUGGAGAGCUGUGAGACCUCCUUUACAUCUCCUGAUAAUCUGGAAAGAAAACUUCAGCAAGAAUACAACUACCAUGUGUUUGGGAGUUGGAUGGAUAAAGCAGUUUCACCUGUAAUAUACACCCCUGAAAUGAGAGAAGAAGAAAAGAAGCGAAGAGUUUCCUAUGAUCCAUUUGCAAAGUCAUCUUCUACUCCCCCACAGAGUGAACUGUAUCCAAGAGAUGAAAAAACAGGUUUUAACACUAAGCCAUAUUUGUGGCCACAGCCAGCUGCAACAACUCCAAAACAGAGGAAUGUUGAAAAUUUUUACGGGGCAGACCCUAACAGUCUUCUAACAGGAAACACCGAAGGUCUCUAUGGAUCAAGUUCAGCCAGUACCUUUAGCCCAAGUAAACCUCCUGUACCUGAAUCUGGCCCAAACCUGCCGUCACAGACCAAUGUAAACUGGUAUCCAAAGAACACAGACACAGAUACAGGUAACAAGGAUUCCACUCCUUUCACAAAGCCAACUUUUACAUAUUGUCCUUCUGCACUCAGAAGCACAGAAGAUUCAGUCAAGUACAACAUCAGUAACAGUUCUGGAAUUCAAAUUGGAUCCUACAAUCACAUGAAGAUUGAAGACCCCAAUCAACACAUCAGCACUUCUGUUAAUGUAGAAGCAACUUACAAUUAUUAUGAAGCAACAGGUAUAUUUGACAAUACUACUGUCCUGACUGAGAAACAUCUGAAUCUAGUGAGAGAAAAGUUGGCUAAACAAUGGAAGCACUGUGCUCGUAAAUUGGGCUUCUGUGAUCCCGACAUUGAUGAAAUUGAUCAUGACUAUGAACGAGAUGGACUAAAAGAAAAAGUUUACCAAAUGCUGCUGAAGUGGGGAAUGAAGGAAGGCUCCAAAGGUGCUACAGUUGGAAAGCUUGCCAAAGCCCUCUUUGGCUGCCAAAGACUGGAUCUCCUUACUAGUUUGAUGCAAAUCAAUGAGGAAUAAGUUGACUGAGAACUGGAGGGAAAUGAGGAUAUUUUUUCCUGAAAACCUUCCGAUAAGAAAUAAUAAUUCUGAACAGACUUUGUGGAGCUCUCCUUUUUGCACAGACUCAUUGGAAUGCAUUUUUUCUGCCAAACAGUUUUCUGUGGAUACAUCCAGCGAAUCUUAAAGUUUAUGUCAAGAUAAUUAGUCUUUCAGAGGAUAAAAGAAAGAAAGUAAGCAUCUUCCUUCUAAUAAAAUGAUUGUCCAAAGACAAUAACAAAAUGCAUUAGUAAUAUCGAUGUUAUACAAAAUUGCUAGAUUCCAUCCUGAAACGCUGAUACCCUUGUCCAGUUCUGGACAAAAGUGUGCCAUUUCAGCAAACCUAAUGUAUCAGUGAUAAUAUAUGAAAGACUGACUAACUCCUUGAAGAACUUGGACAGAAAAUAAAAUCAACUCUUAGAUUUUU